UAUUGAGUCCAGCUUGAAUUAGUGAAAGUUACCCCAAUUCCCUCUCUUCAUCGCUCUCUCUCUCUCUCUUCAUGGCCAUUAACAAAGAAAAGGAAGAAACACAUGUACUGAUGGUGGCAUUUGGAGCUAUAGGUCACAUGAACCCAAUGAUUAGACUAGGCAAACGCCUAGUUUCCAAAGGCCUCCAUGUUACCUUCGCCACCACCGAAGACGCUCGAGGCCUCAUGCUCCAAUCCUCCAGCUCCAGCUCCACCACCAACUCCAUCGCCGGAAUCCACCUUGAGUUCUACUCAGACGGCCUCAGCCAAGACUACGACCGCAAGGCCAACAUGGACCAGCACAUGGAGAGCCUAAUCAAACACGGACCCAUGAACUUAUCCACCAUAAUUCAAACCCACACCCCAAAAUUCUCUUGCAUCAUCAACAACCCUUUCGUGCCGUGGGCGGCGGACGUCGCGGCGGCACAUGGAAUUCCCACCGCCAUGCUUUGGAUUCAGCCAUGCACUCUUUAUGCUAUAUACUAUCGUUUCUACAACAACCUAAACCCAUUUCCUACCUCUGAAAAUCCUAAAAUGAGCGUAGAAAUACCAGGUCUGCCAUUGUUACUCACAGAAGACCUUCCAUCAUUUAUUAUUCCGUCAAAUCUUCUGGGUUGCUUCCCAAAAAUAUUGUCAGAAGUGCUUCAAAACAUGAAGAAGCUGAAGUGGGUAUUGGGUAAUUCCUUCCACGAGCUUGAAAAUGAAGUUAUCGACUCGAUGAAUGAAGUUCAUCCUAUUAGGCCUGUGGGUCCAUUAGUCCCAUCUUCAUUACUAGGGGAAGAUCAAGAGCUGGAUAUAAGUGUUGAUCUGUGGAAAUCCGAAGAUGCUUGUAUUGAAUGGCUCAAUCAGAGAGAUUGUUCUUCUGUAAUAUAUAUUUCAUUUGGAAGCAUACUUGAUACAUCGGGAAAAGACAUGGAGUGCAUUGCAACUGCUUUGAAGAACACUAAACGCCCAUUUCUAUGGGUGGUGAAGCCACCGGACUCCGACGUGAAAGAAGGUGAUCCGCAGCUUCCAUUAGGGUUUUCAGAAGACACCAAAGAUCAAGGACUUAUGGUGCAGUGGAGUCCUCAAACAAAGGUUUUGGCACAUCAAUCUGUUGGGUGUUUUUUGAGUCAUUGUGGGUGGAAUUCUCUCUUGGAGGCGAUCACCGCCGGUGUCCCUGUACUUGCUUUUCCGAAGUGGACCGACCAGCCAACUAAUGCGAAACUCAUUGUCGAUGUUUUAAGGGUUGGUGUGAGGCUCAGACCUGACAAAGAAGGGGUGGUCAGUAGUGAGGAAGUGGAAAAAUGUAUUGAAGAAAUUAUGAGCGGGCCAAGUUCGGAGGAAUAUCAUAAGAAUGCGACGAAGUUGAAGAGGGCCGCCAGAGAGGCGGUGGCAGACGGUGGCUCAUCUGGCCGGAAUAUCCAGUGGUUCGUGGAUGAGCUCAUUGGCAAUUCUUGUCCAUGACGCAAAGGUGGAGGAUGUUCCCGAAGAAAUAUUUUUCGCUGUCACCUACUCAAUGUGGGACAAAACAUAGGAUCAAGGAUUGGAUGUAAAAAAAAUGUAAGGUUGUGCAAAAAUAAAUAUUUUUUUUUGCACUAAUGCAAUUGGAAUAUAAUUU